CUAUUCCUGGACUCCAUAUUCCAUACUCCGUGUGAAUCGUGACUUGGAUGUAUCAUCAUAUACAACAGAAAUAGAGGCAAUCCUCAUACGUGCUACAGCAAUCUUUACUCCUCAACUCCGUUCCUAUUGUCGGUCCGAUCCAAACUAGGCGACGCUUGCGACACUUGUACUAAAGUUACCUCUAUUCCUGACCGCGAGUUCCCUGCAACCAUGAGCAGCUCAUUGCCAUAUGCCGCCGAAGUUGAGAGCCCGUUGAAGCCUGACGAGCUUCAAGUUCUCCGUGCCCAGUACGAAAAGGAAGGGGAAUAUGUCGGCAUCCAGACAAAAUUCAAUUAUGCUUGGGGACUGAUCAAAUCGUCGAGCCGAUCCGAGCAGCAAGAAGGAGUCCGGAUGCUCUCCGAAAUCUUUCGUACUUCUCCUGAACGACGACGAGAAUGCCUCUACUACCUGGCUCUUGGGAACUUCAAAUUGGGGAACUAUUCGGAGGCGCGCAGAUAUAAUGACCUGUUGUUGGAAUUCGAGGGAGAGAAUAUGCAAGCCGGUGGCCUCAAGACGUUGAUUGACGACCGUGUUGCCAAGGAAGGUAUGAUGGGUGUCGCAAUUGUUGGAGGCAUAGCUGUUGCAGCGGGUGUGAUUGGGAGCGUACUCUUCAAAGGCGCAAGAAGAAGGUAACCUUCUGGCAAGUUGUAGCUCGUUCUUAUGGAAGACAUUCAGCGAGUUGAGAAAGGAACUGCUUCUAGCCUGUCAGAUACUUUGCCGCUUAUCGAUUGAUUCUAGGCUCUUGAGCCGAGGCCGCGCCAUGUCAUACCCGUGACUUUCUUUGGGGAAAAUCGAAGACCUAUCAUGGUUCGAAUCCCCAGCCCUUGUUGGAUUCCUCGAUAUAGCUUUGGUGAAUUACAUCACAGACCAAUCACAUCCCCUACCUCUCGCUCAGAC